UCAGCCGGCACCCCGGGCGGCCGCAGCUCGGGACGGGGCAAAGUAAUUUCGCCGCUCCAGGAGCCCGGCUUUGCCGCUCGCCCCGGCAGCCUGCCGGGCCGUCAUUCCCCAGGAAGGCGUUAAAACCGGGGAGAGGCUGCCCAGAAGAAGCUGCGCCCGACCGAAGAUGUUAGAGGAGGCGAAGAGGGGUUGCUUUUUGCCUGCUGCGUGCCUCCAUGCCUGUCUUUCCCUUGUCUUAAUCCUUUAGGAAGGAGACGCCGAGCAGGCAGAGCUUUCCUGGAGGGGCGAUGCUGCCGAGCCCUGCCCCGGGCAGGAGGAAGCCCUCGCCGCCGGGACCCCCCGGCACCGGAGAUGCGCGGCCCGGGGCGGGCUGCGGGAGAGCGUGAGGAGCUGCCUCCGCCGGCGCUUUCCUGAGAGGGAAAAAGCAUGGUGAAAGCUGGGCCCGAUCCCUGGAGCGCAGCCCCGCUGAGCGGGAGGUGGGAUUAUUCCGGGGCAGUUAUGAGGAGCUAUAACCUGGCAGCGCAGCGUUAAAGCGACUUGGCCCCGCUGGACGAGGAACCCGCCGCGGGCACCGCAGCCGCGCCCUGGCCGAGGUGGGGUGGCUCAGCAUCCCCCCCCCUCCUCCUCCUCUCGCCCCUCUUUCUCCUAAGAGUGAACGACAGAAGAAAGAACCGGUGCUCGGCUCUUGCCAGUGUUGGGAAUACCGUGCCUUUUGACUGGGAUGACCUACCCUGAUGUGCCGUUUCGACGGGAUGUACAAAGCGCGGCUGGGACUGCUCCGGCCAACAAAGUUUGUGGAAUGACGGGCAGGGGCUGUGGGAUGGAGGCAGCUGGGCACACGCCGGUGGGGUCCGUCACAUGCAGGCCGACAGCACCGAUCUGCUGCUCCCCUGAAAACUAAUUCCUGAUGGUCAAACUCUCCUGGUUUUUACUUCUCCCCUGCCAAUUUGCACUUUCAGGGAAAACACACACACACCUGAUGCAAUGCAGUGUUUCAGUGUUGGUUUUGUAUGUAAGAUUUGCUAUGCAAUUCCAAAACUAAAAGAGGAGGAGAGACGGCCCUGCAUCCCAGAGCAAACAGAGAAUCAGAGGUGAAAGUGUAAAUCAGUUUGAAACGAAGUGAAGAUUUGCUUUCUGACGCUGCCCGGAAACAGAGAACUGAUGCAUUUUGUAACAGGAGUGUACCGAGGAGGAAGGAUGGAGUGUUUCAUCAGUGAGACAUUUAGGAAACUAGAGGAAAAGCCCCUCGUAUAGCAUGCUUCAGUAAAUAUGAAGGGCUAGUGCAGUGGACGCUGGAAACACUCGAUCAAUAGCCUAUUUAAGUGGGAAUAUAUGCAAGCAUGGAAAAGUGAUUGCUUCCCUGUCUGUGGGGUAUAUUUGCAGAGGACAGCAGCAGAACAUUUGCAGGUGAGCUGUCUGAAUUAGGCUACUUCAUGCUGGGGUGGUGCAGUGUGUUUCUGAAGGGAUUGCUUAAAAAACAGUCUGUAGGGUAGACUGGAUUAGUGCAUUUUCAGUUCUUGCUUGUAGAGCUUUCAGUGUUGUUCAGGAUGAUUCAAAGUUGGUGAAGUCCUUCUGGGGGCGAAGGGACUGUAAGAAAGGACCUUUUGGUCUAUUUGGUGAUGAGUAAUUAAUGGACGUCUGAUGUCUGUGAUCUCUGCAAGGAAAGGAGCUGAUGUCAUCAUGAAAAUCAUGAUAUGAUUUUCCCUCAGGAGAAACUAUGACUUGGAACGACACCACUAUGGAUGGGGAAGGGUUGCUGGUGGAAAGGGACUCUUCCUUUCGGAUCCUCACAGGCUGCUUCCUCUCGCUCCUCAUCCUUUCCACGCUGCUGGGAAACACGCUGGUCUGUGCAGCUGUCAUUAGGUUUCGCCACCUCAGGUCCAAGGUGACCAACUUCUUUGUCAUCUCCUUGGCCGUGUCAGAUCUCUUAGUGGCAGUUUUGGUCAUGCCUUGGAAAGCCGUGGCUGAGAUCGCUGGUUUCUGGCCUUUUGGUUCAUUUUGCAACAUCUGGGUGGCCUUUGAUAUUAUGUGCUCAACAGCUUCCAUCCUAAACCUCUGCGUCAUUAGUGUGGACAGAUACUGGGCCAUCUCCAGCCCGUUUAGGUAUGAGAGGAAGAUGACCCCAAAGGCAGCCUUCAUCAUGAUCAGCGUGGCGUGGACUUUGUCUGUGUUGAUUUCCUUCAUCCCUGUGCAGCUGAACUGGCACAAGGCUACAACCACAAGCUUUUUGGACCUAAAUGCCAGUUUACAAGGUAUAAGCAUGGACAACUGUGAUUCUAGCCUAAACAGGAUGUAUGCCAUCUCCUCUUCUCUAAUUAGCUUCUAUAUACCUGUGGCCAUCAUGAUAGUAACUUACACGAGGAUAUACCGGAUUGCUCAGAAGCAAAUACGACGCAUCUCAGCUUUGGAGAGAGCAGCAGUGCAUGCCAAGAACUGCCAGAACACGAGUGGCAACAGAAGCAGUAUGGACUGCCAGCAACCAGAGAGCAACUUCAAAAUGUCCUUCAAGAGGGAAACGAAGGUUUUAAAGACUUUGUCGGUGAUCAUGGGGGUGUUUGUGUGCUGCUGGUUGCCAUUUUUUGUAUUGAACUGCAUGAUUCCCUUUUGCGAGCCUACCCAGCCAUCCAAGGGAGCAGAAGCUUUCUGCAUUAAUUCCACCACCUUUGAUGUUUUUGUUUGGUUUGGAUGGGCUAAUUCUUCCCUCAACCCCAUCAUUUAUGCCUUCAAUGCUGAUUUCCGCAAGGCAUUUUCAACCCUGCUGGGAUGCUACAGGCUCUGCCCUAUGUCCGGCAAUGCUAUAGAGACUGUUAGUAUUAACAAUAACGGAGCAGUUGUUUUUUCGAGCCAACAUGAGCCCAAAGGGUCCAGCCCCAAAGAGUCUAAUCUGGUUUAUCUGAUUCCACAUGCAAUUAUCUGUCCAGAAGAAGAACCUCUCAAAAAGGAAGAAGAGGGGGAGCUAUCUAAGACCUUGGAGAAAAUGUCUCCAGCACUGUCGGGUAUCUUGGAUUAUGAAGCUGAUGUUUCUUUGGAAAAGAUCAACCCCAUUACACAAAAUGGGCAGCAUAAAACCUGAACAGUAAGGUUUACUCAGCAAGACCCAAUAGUGUGUAUUGUAAUAGUCUUUAAAAAAAAAAAAAAGAUACACAAGAUUUUUUUUUUGGUAAGAAACUAAGCUCUAGGGAGAAAUACACAUUUACACCAAGCCCAGAAUUAAUUUUCCUGGCAUUCAAAGCAAAUUUAAUAUUUUAAACAAUAAACAGAAAAGAUACUGAAAAUUGGUUAAAAAAAAGGAUAUUAAACUGUACUGUUCAUACUGAGGAAAAUAUACAAAUUUAGAUACAGUGCAGUGACAAAAUACUGCUUCUUUACACAGAGAAACCAAUUUCUAGCUGAAAAUGAGGCAAAAGAUAAAUGUUAAGUAUUUAAAGAUUAAUGUUUACUAGAAGUUAAAAGAUUGCUGUGUCUUGUGGUAGUGGGUGUUAACAGGUCCUAAUUAAAGACUGAGGGAUUGUAAAGGUAGGUAGAUGCCUUCUUAAAAUUAUUUCUGACAAAUAAUUGAGCCUUAUAAUGAGAAUGGUUAUUUUUAAAGCUUUGGGAGGUAAUAUGUUGAUACUGGUUUUAUUUCUUUAUUGUUUUAAAUUGAUAUUUUUCAUAUGUUAUAACAGAUCUAGCUUUAUUUAUAUUAUUUAAGAUGUUUAAAUAAUGGGAUAUUUUUGGAGUGUCAUAACUGCAUUUUGACCAGUCAACCAGUCAGCACUUUAUUACAAGCUCUGAUAGUCUGGAGAGCUGGUGAGGGGAGUGAAGGAAUGUUAAGAAGCUCAGCAAGAAAUGAAGGAAUCUACAAACCUGAUGCUGUGUGGAGUUCAUUUGCUUGUGGGCUUUUUUUUUUUUUAAAGUGGGAUUUCUUUCAAAAGAUAGGACCAGCGUUGACUGAGUUGUGAAUUAUCUUCCCUUAUAGAAAUAAAAGAAAUUGCUGCUAUUUAUUUUUAAAAAGUUUCAUGUUACAAAGACUUUGCUAGAAUGUCAAGUUUGUGGGUCUGUAAAUACCUUAAAUAUGACUACAACCUUAAGAAGACUCCAAUUUGAGAAGAAAAGCUUCUUAGAUAACAAUUCUUAGUAGAUAACGUUUUGUAUUUAUGUAAGAUAAACAGCUUUCUCAGACUUUUCUUAUUUCAAGUCUUGGAUAUCUUUUCUGAACAAACACAAUUGGUUAUAAUGGUAGUAAACAUGCCAAACCUCGUUACCGUCUGUAUUAUUGCAGUACCACCAGGAUCAUGCUGUAUGUCUGCUGCUGUAUCACAGUCAGAAUUAAAAAGUGAGGUACCUAGUGCUUUACUUUGGAAACUGGGAGGAUGUUACAUUUUAGUAAUUGCCAUGUCGAUAGUCCAUUCAAAUAAGGAAUAGUGCCUCAUUACCAUUUUGGAUUAAGACAUUUCUAAAUAUGGAUGGAACUGCAGCCCCCACAUCAGAAACUUCCUGUGAGCUCCAAAAAAAGUUGCCAAUGUUUAAUUAAAAAAACCUGCUACUUUUCCGUUGUCCUUCCCUGCUGCUUUCCCUUUGUCAUGCUAAAGCAAUCAGUGAACAUUAGCAACAGGAACAUUGGGUGUUGAUACUCAGCAGCAUUCAAAGAAAGCUUUUUGUUUUCUGAACGGCAGAAAAUACCCUUUGGAGCAACUUUUUUCAUAACGUAUAUCAACAAAAUGUGUUGUCAGGAAAAGAGAACUGAGAGGAAAAAAAUUUUAAAGUCUUAUGAACUAUAUACAUCCUGCAUCAGGUCUGUGUAUUUAUGUAUUGUGAAUGUUUUCAUAAUUUUAUUGCCUGUAUGCUGCUUUCAUACAUAUAAUAAAAUUAUUUUGUGAACAG